AUGUUUAUUAAGCUAAAUAUCUCACAUAAUACUAGAGCAGCAGCAGCAGCAGCAGCUAAUGCAGCAGUAGCAGCUAAUGCAGCAGCAGCAGCUAAUGCAGCAGCAGCAGCUAAUGCUAAUGCAGCAGCUAAUGCUGCAGCAGCUAAUGCAGCAGCUAAUGCAGCUAAUGCAGUAGCAGCUAAUGCAGCAGCUAAUGUAGCUGCAGUGAUUGGUAUGGGUGGGGGACCAACAUCAGUACAACAACAACCACCAACAGCAGCAGCAGCAGCAGCAGCAGCAGCUAAUGCAGCAGCUAAUGCAGCAGCAGCAACAUGGCAAAAGACUACAGAUGUCUCUCUUUGUUCUGCUCUUGCUAAGAUAUUUGCUGCUACUGCCUUAGAGGCGCAGCAAAAGGCAGCACUUUGCUGCAGCAGCAGCAGCAGCAGCAGCAGCAGCAGCAACAGUAAGAGUAACAAAAGAAAAAGAGGAGUAUAUACAUCUGCACCUACUACUGGAUCAACAGCAGCAGCAGCAGCAGCAGAAGGAGGAGGAGGAUAUAAAUUAUAUAUUCGUGGAUUAGAUGCACAUUGUACAGACUAUGAGGUGUACAGACACUUCAGCUUCUUUGGUGAUAUAAUUGAUUGCCGUAUAAGCAGCAGCAGCAGCAGCAGCAGCAGCAGCAGCGGUAAAGGUAAAGGAUAUGUUAUAUUCUUAGAUGCAGCAGCAGCAGCAAAUGCAUUGCGGUGUAUGCAUGGUGCUGCUAUAGGUACAGCUCAGGUGUCUGUAGAGGCAGCAACACCAGAUGUUGCUGCUGCUGCUGCAGCAGCAGCAGAGGAAGAGGAAGAAUUAACACACAAAAAGAAAAGGUGGCAAACUACACCAGGUGCAGCAGCAACAGCAGCAGCAACAGCAGCAGGAGGUGCUGCUGUAGAUCCUCUUGGUUCGCAUUUAGCUGCUUCUUUCUACCAGCAGCAGCAACAGCAGCAACAGCAGCAGCAGCUGUUGUUGUUGCAGCAGCAGUAUCUGCAGCAGCAGCAGCUAUUGAUGCUGCAGCAACACCACCAGCAGCAGCUACAACUGCAGCAGCAGCAGCAACAGCAGCAACUGCAGCAGCUAGAGGCCGAGGAGGAUGAGGGUAUAUGGAUGAAAGAGAGACUGCAGCAGGAAGCAGCAGCAGCAGCAGAGGCAGCAACAGCAGCAAAAGAAAUAGAAUUAAGUGGUGGCUUAUUCAGGGACACAGACCCUUCCUUAAUACCUGCAGAUCUGCUGCCCAGUUGUAUGUACACCUCAGCAGCAGCAGGAGGGAGACACAGCAGCAUGGAGAGACAUAUCUAUUAUAAUUUGCUGCUGCUGCCUUGCCAACUCUCUCUUCGUAGCAGCAAAGGAGACACAUUUGCUGCUGUACAAAUAGAUGAAGAAAUGCAUGCAGCAGCUGCUGCUGUUGCUGCUGCACUCAGGUGUACACUGCAGCAAAAGGUCUUGCUGCACCUCCCGCUGCAGCCCCAAGACCAAGAAGAGUUAUAUAAGCAGCAAGAUAUAGAUCUAGAUGAUGCAUGCAGCUGUCUUUGCUGCUAA